UAUAUCAAAUUAGUAGUUUAAUUAUCUAAUUAAUAGCAUUAUUAUAGCCCGUUAAUAAUCCAAUAAAUUAGAUGUUUCCAUGUUUGUAUAACUUUUCACAUAAAGCUUUUUAUUUUAAGAAUUUCAUUAAUUAAAAUAAAAUAAAUUUUGCUUUGAUGGAAAUUUUACAGCUCUCUGUUAUAGAAAUAAAUAAAUUGCCUCUCAGUACAUACUUAGCCAUAAAAAUUUCUGCUGAUAUGAAAAAUGCUGUAAAUGCUACUGAACAACUUUAUGGAACAGAUAUUUUAAUUCUUGCACGUCUCCUUCACCAUGUUUUAAAUUAUGAAAAUCAUCAGAGAGGUUUAAAUUUGACUCAUCGCCAAGAUAGAGACUUUAUUCAGAAUUUAGUAUUUUCAGCAAGUGCCAUUUUUGAACCACGUUAUUUUGAAGUCUGGGAGCGUAUUGCAACCAUUACAGGAGACGGACCAGAACAUCUCCUAUUAAUGUUCGAAAAGUAUGGACAAACACUAGUGUAUAAUCAAGGAGAUACAUUUACAAAACCUUUUGAAAUUGCAUCAAAAAAUAUGAUAUUUGGAUUAGAUACAAUUUCUACUGCAGAAUUAUGGGGUUAUUCUAUACUUCGAGAUAAUAAUAAAAACUCAACUUACUCAUUGCAUCCCGAACCAUCUGCAUAUUUAGAAAUAUUUCACGAAGACAGCGGUCCUUCAGUAAUUAUACCAAAAUAUAAUAAUUAUCCUGUACGCAAACACUAUGCAGAUGAUAUUACUCGUGCCAUAAUUCCCUUAAAAACAAUCGGUGUAAAGAGCUUAUUAGAUACAAAUAAUGCACGUCACAAUUCAAAUCAUAUCCCAAAAGAAGUAGCUGUAAUUUCAUAUCUUAUAUAUCCAACUAUGGGAGAAAUAUUGCCUAAAUUUUACGACGUGAUCAUCAGGCAAAGAUAUGGGAUCAAUUUGGGAGUUAGCUCUCCAAUCAUUACAUUAGUGGCCCAACCAUUGAAUCAGAGUUCUACUUUGAAUAGUCUCCUACAUAAUAUCCGAUUCCGAUUCCGUAUUCUCGAUAUAACUAGUCGUAGUAAUCCACAAUGUGUUCAUUGGAAUUUUGGAAUUGGUGAUCGAGGAAAAUGGUCAUCUAAAGGUUGCAAAGUAGAAGCUGUUUCUUAUGGUCAUCAUCCUUAUGUAAAUUGUAGUUGUGGUCAUUUGUCUAGUUUUUCAGUAUUGAUGGAUAUCACCGAUAGAGAAUUUUUAAUUGAAGAAUCAGUUGCUCAAGAUAUCGUAUCAUACGUUGGAAUAAUUAUAUCAUUACUAAUGUUAGCAGCUUCAUUUAUUGUAUUUUGCAUUCUUCGUGGGUUACAAACUAAUAGCAACACAAUUCAUAAAAAUCUAGUUGCAUGCUUAUUUUUUGCAGAAUUACUAUUCUUGGUAGCUCUUAAAUCUCGAAGGAAUUUAGUUCAUAAAGAGGUAUGUAUCAUUUUAAUUAAAUAUAUUUAUGAUGCUACUAACAUCCUUAAUGGCCUUAUCACAACUGAACAGUUUAAUAUGUUAGAGGCCGUAAAUCAAAUGAAAGUCAUCAAACAGACAGUACAGUGUCAGGGACUUUUACAAACGAGGGAGAAGAAGAAGAAGAAAAAAAGAGGUGGGGGGGAAGGGCAAAUUGAUGAAAGAAUAGUUUUCCCCGAAGACAACAGAAAGAGCUUUACGACAGCAAAAGUCUGA